AUGGAAAAUAAUUAUGUGAAAUCUAUCAUAGAAGGAUUAAAAUCAUCAUCCUCAAGUCGCGUCCAAGAGACUCUUGUAAAAAUCAGAAGCAAAAUAAUAGCGAAUGACGAUGGAAUAAAGAUUUUUCGUGAAUGUGGAGGCUUAGAAUAUUUGUUACCACAUUUGCGCAAACCUAACGAAAGAAUUCUCGAUAUUACCCUGAGUAUACUUGGUAAUUGUUGUCUUGAGGAAGAAAGUAGCCUUACGGUUGGUAAAUUAUACAUCUUUGCCCCUUUAGUCAAUAUAAUCAAAACAGUAUGCCGUGAUAGUAUAGUAGGACGAGCUUGCCGUGUUAUAGGGAACUUAGCACAAAGGCCUUCAAAUGCAGAAGGCUUACACAGCCAUGGGGUGGUUACGGCAUUGGUUACCUUAAUUGAGACUAGAGAUAAAAGUACUUCCUAUCCAACAUUAACAAUGGCUGUAAGGGCAAUCAGGCAACUGUGGAUGGUGACAGAUAAAAGGGAUGAAAUGCUGAGCCUUAAUGCAGUUCGCUGUAUAGCAAUACUACUUACCACAGAAUGUGAAACAGCAGGUAUUAUAAAAUCUACUGUUCCAGUUAGAGAAACAGAAGGACUCAAGAAAAGUCAGGAAGAACUUAUCUUAGGAAUACUGAAAUGUUUGGGCUAUUUUACAACAUAUUCUACUGCACAGUGUGCUGAGCAGAUUCAAGGAGAUGGCAGAGGCUUCCAAUGUCUUGUAGCAUUAACAAAAAGAUUUGAGAGCUUGGCACUUAAGUGUCUUAUGAAUAUUUGUUACUUGUCGACCUGCAGACCCCUACUUGGAAUUGCAGGUUUUGUUGAGUGCCUUAUUAGCAUCCUACAGAACAUUACAGAUGUUUCCUCUUGGCCGGAGGGGUCUGCACAGGCAUUAGCGCAACUUAGUGGUGAGUCAGUGAACCGAUCUCGCUUACGUCAUUGCGGUGGCUUGCCACUAUUAGUGGCGGCAGCUCGAGAGAACCCACGCGCCAUGCAUGCUCUUCUGCAAUAUGUUUUCGAUGACACGUCAUUUCAGAUUUUGGUCAAUGAAGGUCUUGUAAAUUUAUUAACUGAUGAACUUACUACAUAUUUAAAAACAAUGAAUUUUGAACACAACAACACUGAAAGUGAAAUUGGUGAAACUGUAGAUAGAGUAACAGAAACCCAAAAAGAAGUCAAGACAAGUAGUGAAGGACAACCAACAACCGAACAGUCCGGUGCUAGUAACACAGAAGGUAAAUGCAGUUUAUUUGCACGUCGCAAAGGUCCGUUAUCUUGUGGAAAUGAAGAUGAGCUUAAAGUGGUUAUAGAAAGGGAUAAUAUGAUUGUCGGCUUUAUUGAUGCUAUUGAUAGUGACGCAUCUGAUGACAGUCAAAGCGAAGAUGAGACACCACCUCUACGACGUAAGUGCUUGAAAAGAGCUCGAUCCAAUAGUCCAAAAGCCGUUAAAAAGAAGUCUCAGUUAAUAAAAAUGGCCAGCAAAGAUUGGUCAGCUGGUGUAUACUGGGAACCAAAGAGUCCUGAAUGGCCCUCUCUUAAUCAAGCUUCAGGCUCCCAUGUUUCUAUGAGCCCAGAUAGAGGUGAAACGUUAGGGCCAUUAUCACCGUACUCUUUAUAUUCAGAUGGCUAUCAAUCUGGGUUCAGCCCGGAAUACAGGACUUUCUCGUCCAAUAAACGAAGGAAAUGGGACUGGAGUCCUGAAUCUGGAGUUAGUUCGGGAGAAGGUAGUUCAACGUCGCCUUUUUGGACUGAAUAUCAAUGGAGUCCAAGUAGUUCUGGAGGACCUGCUUCACCAUUUAGUGCCAAAGAAGACAGUUCAGAUUCGGAGAUCUCUGGUCGUUACUCUCCGGUAUGCAGUGAUAAUGAAGGUGAGGUUGUGGACCUUGCUGGUGUAAGUAGCGCGGUGGAUGAAUUAAAUGCGGCUCAGGUCGCCCAUGACUUGGAUGAACUUAUUAUGGAAGACGAUGACAGUGUAGAGGCGGAGCCUUCAACCGAAGUUGACGCUGUCAAUAACGUCAAACAUACUAAAACGUCUCGAGUCCACAUCGCGUGCGUACUAGUGUUACUAUUUCGAGUAUCUCAUGGAGCGUGCAACUCACUAGGAGCCCUCCGCGAAGAACCGGUACCUAAUCAAACAUUAGAACUGUUGACGGGUCGAGAAUGUUUGAAUGCUUUACUAGAUUAUGUGGAGAGAUGCAAAAGGCCUCUUGGUCGAGCCGCGCGGAUCCUCGCCAAAGUAUUAAGCAAUGCGCUUUGCCUAAUGAGUAUAUUAAGACAUAGACUGGCUCUAAGAUUGCAUUAUAUGUCUGUAAGUUCCAAGCACCCGUCAACCAAAUGUCAGCAGUGCAAGCAACUUGUACGAUUGAGUUCAAAGCUUUUGAGUCAGCUUACAAUAUUGGCUGAGUCAAGCUAUGGAAUCGGAGAAAUUAGCUAUCAACUCUUGAAAGGCGAAGCACCAGUAAAACAAACUCUUUCACUGACGCUACCUUAUAUAGUGAGAACUGAAAAGCCAUUGAAGAAAUAUUUUAUUGACUGUGGAGCAUUAAAUUUGCUAUUCAACUCCAUUGCUGAGUCUAAAGAAGAUUUACAAGAUUGUGUUACCGCUCUAGCUAAGUUGGCAAAUAAUGUUCACAUAAAAGAUCCAAAAACAUUAGAGAAUAGGUUUAAAAUAAUAAUGAACUUUGACUACAACACCAUACUUGAAAGCUUGGCUUGUGAUAAAGUUGUCACAUUUGAAUUGGACGAUUUUUCAACAGUGAAAGCAAAUAGAGUAUUUUUAUGUCAAAAUUCUGAUGUUUUCAGUGCCAUGUUGAUGGGGUGCUUCAAAGAGUCAGAAGAAAAUUGUGUACGUUUAAAAAAUGUAACCAAACCUGCAUUAGAAUACUUAUUCUUCCUCUUACAUUGGGCGUAUGAUAAUCCCAAAUUAGAUGUGCAUUGUUUUCCAAUGUCUGCUGAUCUAAGAACUAGCUUAGAAGUAUUAUUGUUAGCUGAUAGAUUUUUGUUUGAAAAGCUUAAAGGUUUGUUAAGCAGCGCUAUUUUACAAUUUCAAUUAACGCCAGAAACGGCUGAUAAAAUAUAUGUGUGGUCACUUAGUGAGGGAAUGGGGUUCUUAUGUGUAGAAUCAGUUGCAUAUUUGUUAACAGGUAAAAUGUGUGAGUCAGAUCGAACCAAGUGUUUUAAUACCAUUCUUAAUUUAGAGUAUAAGGAACAGUGGCUUGAAGAUAUUAAGUCAAUGAUAUUGAGACAGUUGGUGAAGUAA